AUGAUUAGCACAAAGAUUCUGAUCAGAAUGGCAAGAAAGUGGCGGAAAACUGCUGCCAUUGGCAGGAAGAGGGUUAGUUCAUCGAGGACUGAUCGAAAGUUGGCUGGUGCCAACCGUUCUAAUAAAUCAUCAGUGGUUGAUAAAGGGCAUUUUGUAAUCUACACAACUGAUAAGAAGCGUUUUGUGAUUCCCUUGGCGUAUCUUUGCAACAACAUCAUUCUCGAGCUCUUGAAGAUGUCUGAAGAGGAGUUUGGACUGCCAAGUGAUGGGCCUAUAAUAUUGCCGUGUAGUUCAGUUGUCAUGAAUUACAUUGUCUCCCUGGUAAAACAAGGAUUAACUAAGGAUUUGGAGAAAGCUGUGCUGAACUCUGUUGCAAGCUACCGCUGCUCUUCGAGUACUACUGAUUUCCAACAAGGACAUGCAGAUCAACAGUCACUUGUUUGUGGAUUCAGAAAUAACAAGAUGAUCAAUGCCAAGAAGCUCAUCAAAUUGGCUAGGAAAUGGCAGAAGCUUGCUGCCAUCAAGCAAAAGAAGAUAGCAUUGCCUAGGAUGUCUCAAGAUGUUGGCACAAAUGAUUGCAGCACAUCAUCAAUCCUUGAGAAAGGUCAUUUUGUGGUGUAUAGUCCAGAUCAGAAACGCUUCAUGCUUCCUCUAGAAUACCUUAAGAAGGAAAUUGUCAGACAGUUAUUCAAACUGACAGAAGAAGAGUUUGGAGUUCCAAGCAAUGGACCUCUAACACUACCUUGUGAUGCAGUCUUUUUGCACUAUGUAAUUUCUUUGAUCAAACUGCACCUGACUGAAGAUGUAGAAAAAGCAUUGCUCACAUCCCUAGCCAAUGGCCAUUGCUCAUCAUCUUCAUGUCGAAACCAAGAAUCAAGAAAUCAACCAUCAUUAAUUUGCAGCUUCUAA